CCUUUCCGAAGCCCACUAGAAGCACCGGAAGCGGCGGCGGGGACAGCAGAGGAAAGGAGUCCAGAGGCGGCGCCGCCGAUCCACCCAGAUCGAGAGCGCCUUCGCCGACGACAUGGCGCUGCUGAUGGAGCCCGGGUCGGAGCCCCUGACGGAGGGCGAGAAGGCCGACCUGGACGCCAUCGCCGCCAUCAAGGAGUCGGCGGCGCGCGAGUACAGGGAGGAGGGCAACCAGUUCGUCAAGAAGGGCCGGAAGCACUACCCCGACGCCGUCGACUGCUACACCAAGGCCAUCGCCCAGAUGGGCGCCCUCUCCCCGCCGAGCCCCGACGCCUCCGUCCUCUUCGCCAACCGCGCGCACGUCAACCUCCUCCUCGGCAACCACCGCCGCGCCCUCGACGACGCCGAGCAGGCCGUCCGGCUCUCCCCCGCCAACCUCAAGGCGCACUACCGGGCGGCGAAGGCCGCGCUUGCUCUCGACCUGCUGCCUGAGGCGGCGUCCUUCUGCCGGCGGGGGCUCGAGCAUGACCCCGCCAGCGAGGAGCUCAAGAAAUUCCUCGCGCAGGUGGAGGCGCAGCAGCGCGAGCGAGAUCUUAAAAGGGCCAAGGUUGAACAGGCCAUAUCCGCAGCAAAGGAGCUUGCUGCUGCUAUAGAGAAGAGAGGGCUGAGGCUGGGGAAGGCAGCGUAUCAGGAGCUCACCAGGGUAAAGAAGCCGAAGCUGGAUGACCAGGGGUUGCUCCACUGGCCAGUUCUUCUGCUCUACCCGGAGGUCAUGUCGAGCGACUUUAUCGAGGAUUUUCCGGAGACUGAUCUGUUCUCGGACCACCUUGAUCUCAUGUUCUCAGAAAGUUCCCCGCCUUUGCCAUGGGAUGAGAACCAUGCUUACACAAGGGAGGCUAUUGAGAUGUAUUGUCAGGCCGGUGAUGGCACACCAUUCUCCAAAAGUGAAUUGUUAAAAUAUCUUCUGGAAGGCACUGUCGACUCAGGGUCGCUCCCAGAAAGCCUUGAUGGGGAAGAUGGAGAACGUAGUACUGUCAAGGGCAGCACAGCUAUAUCAUCAACAGGCCAGGGCUCCUCUGGUAAGUGGAUCAAAGUAAGAGAAGGGAAAACUCUUCAGGAAGCGCUGCAGCAUAAAGACUACAUCAUCCCCGCUGUACCUGUGUUCUUUGUCGUUUCGAGGAAGUCGGCCUUCUAUUCGAAGUUCAAGGAUGGGAAGUGGUCUUUACCGUAGAGCUGCAGUGUGGUAGUUCAGUUCACCAUAUCAGUGUGGUGCUAUGGAUAUGAUGAGGAAAGAGAAGCUGGGAAUUGUUAAUCGUCGUAUGGUCCUAGAAGGUUAUACUGCUUCAGAGAAGAUGAGUUGUGCUUAGUUAGCACUUGUGUGUCUUCCAAGUUCCAACCAUUGUUUGGUUGAUGGCUCAGGAGGUGUGUUUCUAGAGGGAGAAACAACCGAAUAUGCAAUUUUUCAUGUGAAUUUUAGCUGUGGGCAUGAUUGAACUUUUUGGGAUUU